GGCUCAGUAGAGACAUGACUUCCAGUGAGAUCGAGCUCCCCGGCGAGCUGAAGGCUGACCCUCCUUCCCUCAUCGCUUCUCUCCAACUGCUGCCGUCCCCAACUUCAAACCUGGAGAUCAAACACACCAAGCUUUUUAUUAACAAUGAAUGGCAUCAUUCAGCAAGUGGAAAGACCUUUUCUACCUAUAACCCAUCCACUGGAGAGAAAAUCUGUGAUGUUCAAGAAGCCGACAAGGCUGAUGUGGACAAGGCAGUAAAGGCUGCACGACUUGCUUUUUCCCCGGGAUCUGUGUGGAGGAGGAUGGACGCUUCAGAGAGGGGCCGGCUGAUUGAUAAACUGGCAGAUCUGGUGGAACGGGACCGACCUCAGCUUGCGACACUUGAAUCUCUAGAUAGUGGAAAGCCAUUUCUCCAGGCUUAUUAUGUGGACCUACAGGGAGUCAUAAAAACGCUCAGAUACUUCGCUGGUUGGACUGACAAGAUUCAUGGGAAGACAAUUCCAGUUGAUGGAGAUUAUUUCACAUUUACAAGACAUGAGCCAAUAGGGGUGUGUGGACAGAUCAUCCCUUGGAACUUCCCCCUCCUCAUGUUUGCGUGGAAGAUAGUUCCAGCCCUGUGCUGUGGAAACACAGUGGUCAUCAAACCAGCAGAACAAACACCACUGACCGCCCUGUACAUGGGAGCCCUCAUCAAAGAGGCUGGGUUUCCACCAGGGGUGGUUAAUAUUUUACCUGGAUAUGGCACUACAGCUGGAGCAGCGAUAGCCUCUCACAUGGACAUCGACAAGGUUGCCUUCACUGGAUCUACUGAGGUUGGGAAACUAAUCCAGGAAGCAGCUGGGAAGAGCAAUCUGAAGAGAGUAACACUGGAGCUGGGAGGAAAGAGCCCAAACAUUAUUUUUGCAGAUGCUGAUUUGGACUAUGCUGUGGAACAGGCUCAUCAGGGAGUGUUCUUCAACCAAGGCCAGUGUUGCACAGCAGGAUCCCGGAUCUACGUGGAAGAGCCGAUCUACGAGGAGUUUGUCCAAAAAAGUACAGAACGUGCACAGAGAAGAACAGUAGGAAACCCUUUUGAUCCAGCCACUGAGCAGGGGCCUCAAAUUGACAAACUACAAAGUGAUAAAGUCCUUGACCUUGUCCUCAGUGGCAUAGCUGAAGGAGCAAAGCUUGAAUGUGGUGGCAAAUCACUGGGAAAGAAAGGCUUCUUCAUUGAGCCAACUGUAUUUUCAAAUGUGACAGAUGACAUGCGGAUAGCAAAGGAAGAGAUUUUUGGCCCAGUUCAACUAAUUAUUAAGUUUAAGACCAUGGAAGAGGUAGUGGAAAGGGCCAAUAAUUCUCAGUUCGGACUGGUAGCUGCUGUUUUCACCAAGGAUAUCGAUAAAGCAUUAACAGUUUCUGCAGCAAUGCAGGCUGGAACGGUCUGGAUUAAUUGUUACAAUGCCUUAAACGUCCAGAGUCCCUUUGGAGGAUUUAAAAUGUCUGGCAAUGGUAGAGAAAUGGGAGAGUAUGGGCUAAAGGAAUAUACCGAAAUCAAAACCGUGACUGUCAAAAUUCAGCAGAAGAAUUCUUAAGAGUGCUGUGAGGCCGACACUUUGUACAUGGACACAGUGAAUCCUCUCAUUUACCAGCAAGACAAACACACACAACAGUGGUUGUGCAGCAUAUGGUUGAAGCUUUAUAAAAUGUAAAAAAAUAUACUAGUGAAUGUAUAUGUACCACAAAUACUGUGUAUUUGAAGAAAAUACAAUAAUCUCAGCAAAUUCCCCCGAGUGCAUUCAUUACACGGUUCCCCUUCAAUCACUUUUAGCCUUGUGUAACCUGUAAACUGUGGAGCCUUGAUGUACCACGGACUCAGUGGUGCCACUGGAAAUGCUGGACAAAUUCUUAUUUCUUUCCAUCAAUUUGAGACUUGCCAUUGAGGAUAAUAAUGCCUGUUAAAAAGCAAGUGUGUGUCCUCUGAUGCCAGCUGGGUUGUCAUGCCAGAGCAGAGGUAAGUAAGUGAAGGAGGAGGUUAACAGGGUGUCAUCUAUGACCCUUGCCUUUCUCUGAAAGUGGCUGUGAAGAAGCACAAGUUUUAAGCAGAAGAGAAGAAAUCCAAACUUUCUGAGUUUCAUGAUUUGGGACGUUCUCUGAGUGGUUCUGUUGGCAGCCCAGAUAUAAAUAUUUAAGGAUCUGCUUGGUGUUUUGUUGUCAGUCCACUGGCCAUUUCUCACAGACCCUGCCUGCACUGCAACAGUUACUGAGAGCUGGAAGAUUGCCUCAACACUAUCCUUCCCCUCCUACCGAUUCUGCCUCCCCUUGAAAGACGUCAGGCUGGGAAUUCAAUUCUUGACAGAUACACCCUUAGACAUGCACCACCUGUACGUUUAUCAGCCAAUAGUCACCCUUUGCUGGUAACAACAAAGAGGCUGAGGGACUCUGGAACCAGAGAGAGAGUGUGAACUAAGAGACAGAGUGUGGGGCAGAAACAGGGUUCUGCUCCCAUCCAUCCCUGGAGAUUCAGGAACUGAUCCAUCACACAUGACUGGGGCAGAGCUGGAGGCUGCGUCUGCCCGCGUGGCCCCAUGAGUCCAUUUUGAGUUUUUAAAGAGCAGCAGUUAUUGAUCCCUGUCCGAUUGGCAGCCUUGUGCUUCAAUGUACUUUUCCAUAACCUUAUGACACAGAAACAGGUGGUUCAGCCUUGUAGUUCCAUGGAUGAGCAUAGAUCUACCUGAGGCUCCUGCUGUCCCUACAUCUUACCCCGUGAUCUAUACUCAGGUUCCUUUCCCUCCUGUGUUGAUUCAGCCUCCCCUUAAAGGCAGCUCUGUUACUUGGCUCAACAACUCUCUGCAUAACAAAUUCUAUUUUGACCAACAUUCCCAUCCUAAAGAACUCGAUCGCGUCAUCUUCUCGAUCUGCAGCGUGUUCAAAUGCUAUAGUCUCCCCCCUCGGUAUCACUCGAAAGCCAUGUUUCCCGUUGAUGGUGUGGUGAACGUCCGAGGCCUUGUCAAGUCAGGUGGGUACCUCAGCUGCAGAGCAACAGUGUGGGAGCCCACUCACCACAGGCAAGGGAGUGCAAUCCCACUGUUGGCCUGGGCUCAGGGUCCGUGUGAGUGAGGGGGUAAGAUUUUACUUCCCACUUCACCCACACCUCAGCUCGGAGUUAGGGCCAGGACCCUUCUGUGUCUGAUAGCAGAAGGACAGCGGUAAACUUUCUGGCAUCUUUUGCAACAUAUUUCCAGCCUGCAAUCUGCUGUUGGUAGGCGAGGGGUACUAAUUAUCACCAGGUUAAAGCAAAAUCUCAGAAUUCCACCAUACCCAAUACUGUAAGGAGGAUUCUCCCUGCUCAAUACAUACACAGACAAAAGAUGCAAACACUGAAGGGUUUCCAUACACUGUUACUUCCAACAAAGUGUUCUCAACUUGUGCUCUUUAAAUGUUCCUCCUGGAAAACCAGCAUUGCUACAUGUAUUUGGGGAGUGUCCAUGAGCACCCCACGUGUCAUGCCCCCAGACCCCUGCCCGUAGCUCACCAGGACAUUGCUCUUUGUGGAUUUGUUCAGCAAUUGUAUGUUCCCACUCACCUCUGAAACGACGGGUGGGUGAAUCACAAUAAGUCACCUCCCCACAUCAUUUGGCUCUUAACAUCAUUCUGGUGAAAACAGUGCAUGAUUCUUCUUGGGUUUCUCCAAGGCCAAAGCAAACAAGGUUUGUGAAAUGUUAUUUUACAAAGGCAAAUCUCUCAGAAACAUGCCACGUCCUCGUCCAGUGUUGCCUGGGUUAUUGUCACAUUGCUGAUUAAACAUUGCUCUGCCACGUGGAAUAACACUUAGACCUUGGAGGGAUUACCAUAGAACCAUAGAACAAUACGGCACAAUACAGGCCCUUCGGCCCACCAUGUCGUGCCACCCUCCAAACCACGCCUAAGACUAUCUAACCCCUUCCUCCCACAUAUCCCUCUAACUUAAAUUCCUCCAUAUGCUUACCUAACAAUCUCUUGAACUUGUCCAAUGUAUCAGCCUCCACCACCACCCCAGGCAGCACAUUCCAUGCACCAGCCACUCUCUGGGUGAAAAACCUCCCUCUGACAUCACCCUUGAACUUCCCACCCAAUACCUUAAAGCCAUGCCCUCUUGUUUUGAGCAUUGGCGCCCUGGGAAAGAGGCGCUGGCUGUCCACUCUAUCUAUUCCUCUCAAUAUCUUGUAUACCUGAAAGCUUAAUGUCAUUGAAUGAUGCAUCCUAAACAAUAUACUGUAACACAGUCAGCCAACUCUGCACCAGACACCAAACAUUCAUUAUAUCAAUUUGACUACUUUGAACUACUUAGUGAUUUAAUAUGUGUUGAAACUUUUCUUAUUAAUUAUUAUGGAGGAGGAAUAUGUCAUCUAUUGCUUGUGCUGGAUGUGUAAUUUAAUCCCAACUUUAUACUGUGCUCCACUUCUGAGAAUGAAUUUCUGUCACUGGAUUGCUUAACAUCAUAGAUUAAGAAAUGAGGCAACGUGCAGCACACAUCACAGAAACAAAAGUUUCCCAAUCAACCACAGAAUCUGAAAUGACAGCCAAAAAUAUCAAAGUAUGUAUGAUAUGAAAUAGGAAGAUACCAAAGUACUUAGAAACCUGUUUCCGCUUUAAAUAGAUCAGUUUUAUAUUGGUGAUUUUAAUCUUAAUGGCAGUUAGUGUGGUCAGAGGACUUUGUUCAAUCCAAUAUUUUAUCAAAAGACUUGGGAAAUAAGAGCAGGAGUAGGCCAUCUGUUCUGUUCUAUUGCACCUGCUCUGCUUUUGAAUAAAUUCUUGCCUGAACUUACACAUCAACUCCGAUUUCCCAUCUUAAUUCCACAUCCACUGAUUCUGUUACUGCCCUAAAAUUCUUCGAUCUGAGUAUUAAAUAUCCACAGCCAUCCGGAGUAGAGAAUUUGUCAUCACAGUACUAAAUGGGUGAACCCUUAUCUUGAUGUCAUGGCCCUGGCUCAAGACUCACCGACGCUCACCAUUUACCCUGCCAAACCCUCUGGAAAUUUCAGUGAGGUCACCUUUCAUCUUCCAUACUCCAGAGAACACAGAUGUUAAUAAACAGGUUCACGUGUCCAUCAAGACCAUAAGCAGGGGAAUUUCAUGUAAAUUCAUAAGCAUUUAUCUGUUAAUAAAACUGUCACUUAAAGGCUUUUGUGCUUUUGACAUAUUUUGUUGUUAUGCUAUAGUCGCAACAAGGAAUGUUAAUCUAUUAUUGUUUUGUUUCAUACUGUUCACUUCACUCAUAUGAAACCUGAGCAUUAAUUUUACAAAGUUUCACCAUUCGUGCUGUCUUUUAGUUUCUCUGUUUUAAAUCACCUAUGGUUGAUGUCACAAAAAAGCAAUAAUGUGUAAAUCCGUAAACUUUUAUACACUGAUGGAAUGACUGCAACUUUCUUCUUGUUAACUGUAUUGCAGUUUUGAAAUCAUGUAUAUACAAUUAUGUACUAUGAAUAUAUAAAGUUAUUUUCUAUGCUGUUUUUCAUUAAAAAACAAGACACAUUUGGUAUCAGAGUGUUAAAAUUAUGUGAAAGCAGUUUGACUAAAACUCUGCUGAUGCUUUAGAACAGAAAAUCUGUUGCAUUGUGUUGGUUGUGAUUAGGCCAAAAUAAAUAGUUCCCUUAUGGGAGACUGGUGUCUGGUCGAAACCUCCUUCCCAUUAUCCAAGUUCUGUGCAUCACAGGAAGGCAGGAGUCUUAAAUGUGGAGACUGACACCUUACUCUUCACUAGUUGCUGAUCAAAUGCAGAAUUUCAUGGUUGGAGCCUCAUCCAUCUCCUCUUCCCCAAAUCUACACUCUGGUGAAAGUGUAAUGGGUGCACUUAGUCCUGGCAACUGCACACCCACACACCCAGACCUCAUUCCCUGCCAAGAGUUAAAUCCCCACCAGAAAUUUAUGAUUAAAUUAUCAGAUUGGAUCCUUCCCGACAACUAAAUAUUAUUAAUAAUUUUUAUUGCAAUGUAUGAAAGUCCACUAACUGCUCAAUAUCUUAACUUUUAUCAUGCUAGAAUUGAAGUGUAAAUAAUGUAAGCAUGGAAAAGCCUGCAUAAAUAUUUGGUUAUUUGAGUAUACUCAGAAAUAGAAGUGAACAUUUUA